GGGGCGUGCGGAGGGUUAACUAUGGCUGCUUCCAUGGUGCGGCGGUUGAGGAUAUUGUACGUUUUUGUACUGAUAUGCCCCCUCUGUGUACCAGCUUUCUUGAAUUUGGAGGAGCUGAAUGAGAUGAAAUACGGAAUUCAAAUUCUUCCCGAUCCUGUCAUCUUGGGGCAGACCAAGACAGAGGAAGUGAUGAUGGUGUCCAGUAAGUACAAGCAGCUCUAUGAGUGCAGACUUCCAGCACAAGCUGUCCGCUUUCACCAGGAUCCAGCUGCCGAGCCGGACUCUCAAGGCUACACCGGACCAGACAUCCCAGACCUGCUCAGGCCCAUGCACAAAGCUCCAUGUCUAGUGAAGACGAAGGACUGGUGGACGUAUGAGUUUUGUCAUGGUCAACAUAUAAGACAAUAUCACCUUGAAGACACAGAAAUCAAAGGAGACAUCCUUUUCUUGGGAUAUUAUGAGUCUGAAUUUGACUGGAGCAAUGAAACUGCAAAGGCCUCCAAACAGCAUAAGCUGAAACGAUACCACAGUCAGACCUACGUAAAUGGCUCCAAGUGUGACCUCAAUGGAAAUCCCAGAGAGACUGAAGUUCGGUUUGUGUGUGAAGAGGGCUCAGGUGACUACAUCGCUCGAGUAGACGAGCCUCAGUCAUGUCGCUAUGUUUUGACAAUUCACACCGGCCGCAUCUGCCAGCACCCGUUCCUGCGGCCACCAUCCACUGCCAAGCCACAGGGUAUUGUGUGCCAGCCAGCGCUUAGUGCCCAGCAAUACAUGGAUUAUGUCAAGGCUCAAGUCUCGGACACGAAGCGUAAAGUAGAGCAGAUCUCAGAGGAGCUGAAAAGCCUUGAUGAGAUGUUAGCUGGUAAUGAAGGGACAGAUGGAACAGUGGAAGUAACAGCUGAGGACACAUCCCCUGCACCCAGCAAUGAUCCAGACCAGUCAGAUGGAAAAGAUACUUCUGAGGUCGGAAGAACGUCAGAAGAGACAGAAGAUUCAGACUUCUGGGAGGGGGUAAAAAAAACAGAGACCUCGCAACAGGACAAGGAGGGAACAGAUAGUAGCUCUACUUCGCCAGCAGACAAUGAAGUCAUAGAUGACGACAAUGAAGUGGGGAAAUUUAACUUCAAAAUCAUCACUGACCCAGCAGAUUUGAUGAAAUUCGUGCAACACUUAAAGGAGAGCAACAGGAAGAAAGCACAAAGUCAAGCUAACAGUGGGAUGGAGAAACCAUCAAGCAACACACUAACAGAGAAUCUCAAAGAGGAGGAGAAUGAUGAAGAUGAUCAGCUGUUAGAGGAAUUUGAGGAUGAAAUGGUUGACCUCUCUGUGCCAUCUGAGAAGAUUGAAGAGAUAAAGGAAGAGAUGCAGAAGGAAUUUGACAACAUCAUAAAUGAGGCCCAGCAGGAACUGGAGACGGAGGGUCUGAAAGGCGAGUUUGAUCGCACUCAGGCAACACAAACACUGGAAACAACACUGGAUAAACUGCUUGAUCACCUUGAGGAGAAAGAUGUUCAGCACCCGGAGCAGCAGACGGACCAAAGAGCCAGUGACCCGAGCAGGGGCAGCCCCAGCCUGGCACCCAAGCAGCCAGACCAAGCAGCUGACGACCAUGUUAAGAUCAAAAUUACUAAGUAUAAGACGGGCAGCAGCCCUGAUGGGGAGCUCAAAGUUCAGGAGAUGGGCGAAGGAGACCCCCAGUGGCAGCAUAUAAAGGACGUGGUUAAAGAACAGCUAGAGAAGGCAGGACUGAAGGCUGAAGGUAAAAUUGAGGUGAAGAUCUUGACACGAAAGAAUGCAGAAGAGGCAGAUGAUCAGUGGCUGACAGAGGAAGAUACAAAGUCCUUCAGGGAGCUACUCAUAAAUCUCCUGACUGGAGGCACUGAAGAGGUUUACAAAGAGCAAAAAAGGCAGCAGGAGCUGGAGAACAACUAUAAGUUUGUGUGGGGAGAGAACCAAGAAGAAUCCCAGUCAUCCAGCACAUCAGACUCAGACGAUGUCGACAUAUAAGCUCACGUACUACUUCUAAGACGCUUGUUGUGAUGGUGAACUCUGUGGAGACCAACAAGAAGAGGGACUCUGAAGUGUGAUCCCUUUUUUAAAAAAAGAACCCAACUGAUUUGUUUCUUCCUAUUAAACCUGGCAGGUAAUGUCAGCUCAACUGUUUGCACAUUCAGAAAAUGUCUCGGUGUGUCUUGAGAAGUCAGCAAUUCAGGUGUCUUCAAUGGGCACCAUUUAUGUGUUGCACGAUGAAACCACAAUGUGUCAGCUGUACAUGUGCAGUUGAAUGAUGUUAUGCAUUUCCCCCUUUUCGAUGGGAUCCAAUUUUGAUAGAUGGCUUGAAUAGGUGAGUGAUUUGCAGUUAGUACAUUUUUAGAAAUGUCUUCCUGAAUUUUACAGAUAGGUCUGAAAUUGUCAACAGCACGCAGUUUGUCGCGGCUGUUGUCGAUGUUGCCAUUAAUAAUGAAGAUCUCACCCAGAAGUGACUCGGUAGGGAAUAUUGUGUACCUCAAAUGACACUUUCCACAAGUUGUUGUCUGUAAGAACGGGAAAACAAAGGACAAACACUCAAGCUUUACAAUCUUAAUUCUUCCUGGUCUUUUGAAACUUUCUGGCACAUUUUGUUCAGCGUAAAAGUUCCAAGUAAAUACAACUAUAAACAUCUACCGAAGACACUGAAAUCUAGAGUUUAUUCAUAUUUUCAUAGAGAUUUAGAUUUUCUGUUGGAGAGACAAAUGCUGUUCAAGGAAUUCCAAAUGCGUAAAAGUGUGCAGUGUGCUAAGUCUUGCAAGUACUUUUUUUUUUUUUUUUUGUUUUCAAAGAGAACUCAUAAUUUAUAUUGAUUUAAAUCGAACUGUUUCAGAGUACCAAAUUAAUAGUCACAAACCCCUUCAAACAUGUACUUCAAGGGCUGAAUUUGUAUAGUUUGUGAAUAAUUGUGGCUACUUGGAGCUUAUGUAUAUAAUUUGUUGUUGUGUCAAUACGUUUUUGAAUUAAUUUGUUGUUGCUGCAGCUUAAUUGGUGAUUGAGCUACAUGAAUAAAUGUGUUUAAAAUUUC